AUGCUUUACAAAUUACCAUCUACUACCAAUUUAACAUGGAUUACUACCGAAUUUUCACUUUACAAGGAAUUCAUGGAUGGUUGUCCUACACCGCGAAUCGUCCACGUAGACUGCACCUUCACCAUCAAGUCAACUUCUUAUAUCGACAUGAUUUCAUCUCGAAAGAGCAUAACGCUGGCACUGAGCUCAAGCUCCUUCGUAUCCUUGAACAGUAAGCCUCGCUCGCGACUGGAAUCGAAAACCCAUGUGGUUGACUUCUCUGUGGACGAAAUCUUUGUCCAGUACUCAAUUCCGCAGAUUCAACGACUUCAACAGGAAUAUAAAGCCAACUUCGUCAAGUCCAAGGAUGACUUGCACCAUUUGGUCGGCAGAAAAUAUCGUGACUUGAUCCGAAUUGCCGAAGACAUCGAAGAAUUGAGCACACUGUCCCGCCAGAUCGACUCGCAGUUGACAGACUUGUCAUAUAAGUCUCCCAAUUAUGUGGAAUUCGGAAAGAACAGGUUCAGUAGCUUCAACUCACUCGUUAGAAAGAAGAAAGCAUCCACGUCUCGAAUCACCUCGCAUAAGACCAUAUUGAACAAUGUUAUCAACAACAAACUCAUAGGCUAUGAUCUCAGACUCCAAACUGAUUCCAUUAAGAGAGCCUCCACCUUGGUUGAUGUGGCAAAGCUAUACUAUACUAUAGGGACGUCUUUCAAACGCACACUUAAGGAGAACCCCCACGUGAGCGGCAACUUGUACCAAUUGAAGAACAAUUUCAUUCGCUACUUGGAAUCUAAAAUCUCGUCGUACUCAACACCUUCGAUGGACUUCGUCCAGGGAGGACUCAACAAAGACGAAUUUUUUGUGGCUAAUGUGAAAUUUGCGUUGGCUGAAGGUGAAAGCUUUGAUCUAAUUACGGGCAAUUUCGAUGACGAAGCCCAGGAAGUAUCUGACGAAGAAGACUUCGAAGCUUCCGAAACUGCCUAUCGUGGUUCACCCUAUCCCAUUGUUAAUUACUUGAUUGCAUACAUCAUUGUCAAUCAUGAUGACCCUAAGCUUGACACUUUGGAGAAGAUUACCGCAAAGUUCAUAGAUUUGAGGUAUGACUAUCUUGAGUCUUUUGUUUCCCUGGCACUUGAAUCUGGCGUUCUUAAGGACAGAGCAAUAAACUUUACCAUGAUCUUUCAGUUUAUUGAGGCAACUUGUGGAUAUUUGCAGAAGUUCUUUUUAUCCAGCGAUGGUGUUUCCAACGAUCUCCAAACUCAACUUCAAUACAUUGUGACUUGGAACACUUCUGAUUUGAUUGGUUUCCACAACUGGUUUGAGGAAGAGUCUGUGGCAUUUAAUAAGUUUUCUUACCAAAUGCUUAGCUCGGAGGUGAUAGAAAGUAUUCAAAGUAGGCUUUCCAAAUUUGGAAAUUUUGUUUACCAGCUUGGGUCCAAGCUCGUGUCUGAGACAAAUCAUGGAACAGUUUCCCAAAAUGCCACCAAUGUUUUGAACCUAUUCUACAUGUUUGCUUAUGAGCUUCGAAAAUGUGAAGUGGUUUUCUUAUCCAAUUCCUCUGUGUGUUAUUUAACCAAGCUUCUUUCAGAGGAGAAUGUUGUUAGUAAGCUUCUUCAUGAUGUGGUGUUAUCAUUUGAAUCUAACUUUGCUGCUCACCUCGACUCUUUAACUAAGUCCGAAAAUUCAAUCAUGAGCCACAUUGUGACUGAGUUUGGAACACAAUCAGCAUUAUCAUCAGCCGCUGAACUCUUCACACCCGAUUUUGUCAAUAUGAUUGACGUGGAUGUGGAUCUUUAUUUUGAAUCUGUUCUUGAAAUUUCCUCAGCUUCAAAUCCAGUUUCAGAAUUGGAGACGGCUAGAAACUCAUUACAAGAGCUCAAACAUUGGUUCUACGUGCUUGAGGAAUUGCUUGAGGCAACCAAAAUGUCAGCUGACAACAAUUUGGCAACGAUCUCGCGUAUAUUAAAGAAAGAGUUUAGAGAAGUGGAAGGAGUGACGAAAACAUGGGGGCAAUUCAGCUCUGAUACAUUCCAGUCUUCAUUUUCCGCCCUACACAAGAAACAAAUUGACUCAAGCAGAUCUGAAAUCGAGUCUCUUAUUGAAAAGAUUUCCUCUACAUUGGACGGUUCCACUCCUGGUGCUGGAAGUUUACAAUUCCUUCUCAAUUUGCUUAUUAUUCUUAAGGAUAAUGUUGUUGCUGUUGGGGAACACCCAGAAGUUGCUACCCUUGACGAUCAAAUUUCAAAACAAGUUUUGACCAUCUACAAGCAGAUCUUUUCCGAAAUUCUUUCCAUAGAACCGGAGGGCAGCCAAGAUUCGUUCAGAUCACUUCUUCAAGACUCUCUUGCUCUCGUUUCAAAUCUAGAUUCAUCCACAGUACCAGUGAGACCACAUUUGGCAGUUCAUUCCACUGUGUUUGAGCUUGCUUACAAUUUACUUAAGUCUCCGAGAUUUCGGCAGCAUGAAAUGUGCAAUAUGUACACUGACACUGGAGUCAAAGAAUACUUUGUCCUGGUGAAGAACGAAUGGAUCAAGAGCGAUCUCAUUGCUACUCUCCUAAUCACUUCAUCUGAGAAACCUAGCACUCUUGAUCAGGAUAUUACGUCGGCUGAAUCUCUCGAGAGUGUAGCAGAUGCAGAUGUUGAGACGGAGUUUGAAUCUCAAGUAUCAGUCCAAGGGAAAGGAACAGAGAUUGAAGUGCCUGUCCACGAGGAGACCACUGACAAUGGGAACAUGGACGACGGAUGGACACAAGAAGAAGAUGGAUGGGCACACGGAGAAGAUGGAUGGGCACAAGAAGAUGAAUGGCCAGAUGAGAAGUCGAAUGGUCACACUGAAGAGCAACCGCAGGAAGAGAUAGAAUCCGAACCUGCUGACACCGAGAGAGCUAGUGAGACGACUACAGAAGCAACAAGUGCUGACAACGAAACCGUGGAUGAAUGCAUUUCAGAGUCCGUCGAGAAGACAACAGAGAAAGUUCCGUCAACUUCCCAAGCAUCCAAUGAACGUGCCAGACAAGCAUUGGCAAAUGCCGUUUUCCUUCUUAACUUGACGAGCGACGAGAACAUUGAUGCCUCGGAUGCAUGCCUCAAGAACCUCGUCUCAUCUCUUGAAAAUAACUUCGGAGUCGAGCUUGAACACUCCACGGUUGCAAUCAUUGUAAGAGGAGUCAAUGAGUUCUACAAAGCGAACAAGGAGAUGUACUUGCCUUUGCUGGUGAACUAA